GAUUUACCUUAGUCACGUGAUCAAGGAAAAACAGUUUCAAGUUUUAACUAGAUUAGCGUGAUUUAAUUAAGCUAUAUCAGCUAAUUUAGGAAAAAGUGGACUUUUCCUAACUGAAAUAAUAAACUAAAUCGCUGAUUUCAUUUCAUCGACUACACAACGUAAAAAGGAACGUCUCACUCGAUUAGAAGCACACCUGUCAAGGAAUAAAAAGAAUGCCAGCUGUAGAAAGCGAUUUACAUGCCAUUCGUAUGAAAUGUCAUUUCGAUGGGGACAUUAUGGUUGCGUCAAUCGACAAUGAUAUCACUUUUGAAGGAAUGAAAAUUGAAGUUAGAGAUAUUUGCAAUUUUGAUGCUCAACAACCUUUUACAAUGAAAUGGAUUGACGAAGAAGGAGACCCUUGUACCGUAUCCUCUCAAAUAGAAUUGGAAGAAAUGCUUAGAUUGCACGAAGUUAAUGCCGAUAACGAAGUUACCUUACACGGUACAGUAUUAUUUUUUAAAAUAGUUUUCUUAUCUUGUUUUUUUUUUUUGUAAUCGUAUUUUUGCUUUUCUCUCUUUUUCUUUCUUUCUAUCUCUCUCUCAACCGAUAAACAAAAGUUUUAGGAUAAAUUAUAAAUAAAUAUUAAAAAAAACAAAAUUUGCAUUGUCUAUAUUAAAGAAAUAGGCCUUAUUUGAUUUUUACGCCGUUUUAUUUUAUUUCUUUUAUUAGAUAUAUUUAAUAAUGUUUUUUUUGGUAUAUUGAUUAUUAUACACUAAAAAUAUGAUAAUCGACUAUUGUCUAUAUUCAAUUUAUUAAUCAUUUGUGAAACUGUUAGAAAUAUGGAAUAUUUUAAAUCAUUUUUAAAGAUCAGUUCAUCAAAUUUUAUACCCAUUUCACCAGUAUUCCCCAAUGUACCCGAACUACCAGGAAUGCCGUGUCAAGGCGAAGACCGUGAGUUUUAACAUUUACUUUCAAUAUGUAUCACGUGACUUUGACACUUUCUAUCGUCUUGGAAAAUAUAUUGUACCGUUAUGGCCUCAUUGUGCCAAAAAAAAGGGGGGGGGAGAAUGUUUUACCUUUAUUGAGAAAAGACUGAAUAUACCAAUUCAUAUAAAUUACACAACUGAUUACGACUCAUAGUGAAGAUAAGGAAUUGGCCUUAAUAAAUAUACAACUGCAGAUAUUUGUCAUUAUUUGGUGUGAGAUAAGUUUAUAUCUCCUCAGGUUAAUGGAAUUAGAAUAAUUAUAGAAAAACUUAACUUAUUAGUGGACAAGGACAGUAUGCACUUGAGACUAUUGGGUCUACAAUGGUCAGAAAGCAACGAAAGACAAGGAAAACGAAAAGACAACGAAAGUGUUCAUUCAGCAUCUGCGCUAAAUUUAAAUGCAUCUUCUACCGUGCAAGCUAGCUUCGGUGUGCUUAAGAGAGCUGUAUCGACAACCAUCCACAGAAAAAAGGGAAUAAAGAGAGAGCCUGAUAAUAACAAUUUUGACGAGAAAGACAAUAAAUCAUUUUUAAUAUCUCUGAAGAAGAGAAUUAGUGAAUCUUUUGGGCGAAAAAAAGACAAAUUAAUAAAGGAUGUAGAUGAGUCACGUGAUACAGAUGAAGGGAAUAUGUAUAGAAGAGGAGCAAGACGAUGGAGAAAAUUAUAUAGAGUUAAUGGCCAUUUAUAUCAGGCGAAACGAUUUUCCAGGAAAGUGGAAUGCGCAUUUUGUAAUGAUGGAAUUUGGGGCCUAGGAAGACAGGGCUAUAAAUGUGUCAACUGCAAAUUGUUGGUUCACAAAAAAUGUCACAAACUGAUAAAGUUGUCCUGCAGAGCUGUUUUUGACGCACCAGAUAGUAGAUUAAAGGAAGAAGCUGGACAGACAGCAGCCAUUUCUAACAAGAAUAAAGGCUCUCAAAAUGGCGAAAAACCUGCAUCAUCAUCGGCGAUACAAACCCAAAUAGCAAUGGUAACUGAUCAAAUGAGAAAGGAAAAUAAUCCUGAGAAUUGCGAGACAAGCGCUGUUCAGGUGCAAAAGACGGCGGACGAUUCUGCUCCAACUCGAGGUUUUUCGUUGGAAGAUUUUGACUUGAUUAAUGUUAUUGGAAGAGGCUCUUAUGCCAAGGUGAUGGUUGUCGAGCAAAAGGAAACAAAACGUCUCUAUGCUAUGAAAGUUAUUAAGAAAGAAACAGUCGCUAAUGAAGAAGAUAUAGACUGGGUUCAAACUGAGAAACACGUUUUUGAGGUGGCUUCCAACCAUCCAUUUUUGGUCGGUCUGCACUCCUGCUUUCAGACUCCCAGUCGGCUUUUUUACAUAAUCGAAUUCGUUAACGGCGGAGAUUUGAUGUUUCACAUGCAAAGACAAAGGCGUUUGCCAGAGGAGCAUGGGAGAUUCUAUGCCGCUGAGUUAUCACUUGCCCUACAUUAUUUACACGAAAGAGGGAUUAUUUAUAGAGACUUAAAAUUGGAUAAUGUACUGUUAGAUUCGGAAGGUCAUAUAAAGUUGACAGAUUAUGGAUUAUGUAAGGUAAUAUAA